UCCACAAACAAGCUCGACAUCAGUUGCGGGUUAAAUCUUUGGCAAAGCAAUGUCCUCCACAAGAACCUUGUCUUUCCAUGCAAGGCUGUCAAAAGGGAGACUUAUGCUUAUAUGGUUGUCAUGGCAACUAGCGAUAGCUGGUGCCUUGCACGUGGGAUAUAUGGUUAGAUUCAAGAAAAUAGGGACGGACAGCCACCACGUGUCGCAUACGUUAUUUGAACUUGAGGGACACGACAAACCUCAGUGCGCUAUGGCGUGUAUCAACACCGAGACAUGCGUCUCUUUUAGCGUCACAGUGUCCCCUGACGUCCCUGGUUCUUCCUGUCGUCUGUCGAGGUCGUCUGCAGGUGUGACUGAUUUGCAGCCAGGGAGCGGAUGGUCUUAUUUCGUUAUGGUUGAUGAGGACCAAAUAGGGCUGAACAAAUCCCACAAGCUUGAAGAAUUUAUUGUUAUUACUGAAGAAGGAGAAGGAGAAAAUGAAGACCAAGAUGAGCAGGGGGAAGAAAACAAUCAAAAUAAUUAAAAAGCAAAGAAGAUACGGAAGCCUUACGUUUUGCCACUUCAAAGACUUAUUCAGUGCAAACUUUGUUCGCUAUAUGUUUUUAAAUUCUGUUUAUUUGUCAAGUUGUGGUUUAAGUUAGCUUAUUUUCAACUUUAAAAGUAGGGUAAACACCCUGAUAUGUUUGAAAACUCAAUUUACUGUUAAGCUUUACAUAAUGUAAGUUAUGUAUAGGCUUGUGUAGCGACAAUAGUGAGAACAGUACUCACAACUCAUCGUCUAUAGACCACAAUUCAAUGAACAGUAGCGAAGCGACCAAUAUGUUAUAUGCGAGCCCAGAAGCAAUGGACCAUGCAGGUAAACUGUCUGAACCUAAAACAUCUACACCGCUUUCGAUCAAAAAUAUCAACGAACAGUUUUCAGAGACACAUAGAAAGUUAGAUUUUAUUAUGAAUAAGCUCCAAAAACUUGAUAUCAUAGAAGGAAAAAUUCAAGCACUAGAUAAUAAAGUCGUUUUCCUGGAAAACAAAGUUACAGACGAUAGAGAUGAAAAACACAGAAAUUGAGACGUAAAUAACCUUUGUUUCGGAAAAAUUGGACGAGCUACAUAGCAAAACCGACGAAAUUCCCCAACCGUCCAGAUCUUUAGACAAGCAGAAGAA